AAAGGUGUGCAUGCCAUUGAAGAUGGAGAGCUACGUGAUAAUAGUCAUAGUUAUCUUUUCUUGUGUUUCUCUUUCGAUGUUUCUUGUCGCCUUAUUAUGCGGUGGCCUCAACCGCAAAGCCGGAGGAGGCGGCGGUGAUGAGGGAGGUGGUGGAGGCGGUGACGUGGAAAUGGGAGACGGCGGUGGAAAUGACGGCAGCGACGUAGGUUUCGGUGGCGGUGGCGAUGGAGGUUUUGGCGGUGGUUUCGAUGGUGGCGGUGGCGAUGGAGGUUUUGGUGGUGGUUUCGGCGGUGGAGGUGGCGGUGGCGAUGGAGGUUUUGGCGGUGGUGGUGGUGGCGGGGCCGGCGGCGGUGGAGGUCUCUAGAGCCAAAGAUUUGUACUUUGGAUGUUUGAUUGAUUAUUUUUGCGUGUAUAUAUAUUUGUGGAUGCGUAAUAUUCUAGCAUGCACUUGGAAAUAUUUUAUAUGAUUUGUGAUGUAAAUUAUAUCAAGAUUACGUGGACAAAGUUAUAGGUUUA